AUGUUGGAAAAGGAGAUAGCUGAAAAGUAUCCUUUGCACUACCACGUUUGGCGAAAUGAUUACUUGAGCCUCGAGGACUUACUGCUGCAGAAGAAGUAUGAUAUAGAGGCAUUGGAUCCGCAUGGCCGGACUCCACUGAUGCUUAGCGUCACGUUGGAUCACCUCGAAUCCACCAGGGUGCUGCUGCGUCAUAAUGCAGACGCUUGUUUUAAACGAAAAGACUACUGGUCGGUCACUCAGGAGGCGAUCAGUACUGGCGACCCGGAAUUGCUGAAGAUCGUGCUCACCCACCGCGAUUCGCACAUGCUGAAGAACCAGGCCAAGAUAAUCUCAGCCCUCCUCGACAAACUCAAGGCCACCCCCGACUUCUACGUGGAGAUCAAGUGGGAGUUCACCAUGCCUCUGGUUUCGAGGAUGUGUCCGAGCGACAUUUGCCGCGUCUGGAAGCAGGGUCCCAACGUGCGCAUUGACGCGAGUCUCAUCGGCUUCAACGGCACUUCUUCGUGGGUUCGCGGGAACAUGUCCUACAUCUUCCGCAUAACAGAUCAGGGCGUUGUGAUGGACGAGGUGAAUCACAGCGACAGGACGAUCUACCGUCACUCGAUCGGCUCCCUCCUGUCCACAUCGGGGUCGGGGGCCGGCGGGGCUGCUGCGGACGCCCUCCUGCACGCCCCCUCUGACGACCUCAUCGCGAGAAAACUCACCCAGCCCACCUUCGUCACCUACCUCGACACCGACAAGAUCGAAUUUGUCAAAAGCAAAAGCGGCAUGUUCGGCUGGGGCUCUGACCGCAGGGAGACCAUCAACGGCCACGACUGUCAGGUCUGCAGCGCGGCCAACGUUCAGAUUGUGACGCUGCGCCGAACAGAGCACCUCACGGAGGAGAACCUUCGGGACAUUCAGGAGUCGCGCGGCACCAGCACCGAGACCUCCUCCGUCAACAACAACAACCCCCUCACAAACCUGCUUGGCGGUCAAAAAUUCGAGAAGUCGCGUCACGUCCAAAUCACAAACGAGGCGGCCAACUACAACCCCAACAACAUCACCAUCGAGGAUUACUUCUCGCACGAUCCCACCACAAAGCCCAAGUGUGAAAUCGGCCGACCCAAGGUGAUGACGGCCAAGUUGAAGACGUACAAAGCCCACCUCUGGCUGUGCGAGGACUAUCCGCUGUCUCUGAAGGACCAGGUUCUGCCAAUCGUGGAGUUGAUGGCCGAAUACAAUCCCUUCUUCCACAAACUGGAGGAAUUUCUCACCAAGAAGCUGCCCCCUGGCUUCCCUAUGCGUGUCGGUAAGUGCAAAUCGGGUGGUCUUAUGGACACUACGGUAAACAGGACAUUAGCUCAAGUAGUUUUCUCUUUAAUGGUGCUAUCAAUACGUCUUUCAGAGAUCCCGCUGUACCACAUUCUCAACGCGUGCGUGACCUUCGGAAACCUCUACGGGGGCGACGCACCGGCCUACGGGGUGGUGUGCAACCGCGCCGCGGCCCCUCCGAGUGCCGCCAACGAGCCCCUGGUCGACCACGCCAAGGUCGAGCCAACCUCCUGCGUGGUUGAGGACUGUGUCUUCGAUGUGGGCCGAGGCUACCACCUCAUUGGUUAG